AUGCCGUAUCCAAGGGAACCAAAACCUUUAAAAACCACGUCCUUUUCGCUGGCGCUACAGUUGUUGCCGCUAAAAUUAUUGGCGCCAAAAGCGGCACUUCCCGGCGUUAAUACGGACGCCGCACUUUUACGGGAAACCGCGCAAUUCCUUGCAAGCGCGAAAUUGGGCUUUAGUAAGCUUUUCGAAAAACUUCGGUAUCGUUUUGGGCAACCGUUUGUAAACGGUAUUUAA